AUGGACGAGGGCAGCACCAUGAACACAGCUCCGCCGGCGGCGCAAGUCGCCUCGAUAGCGAGCCCGAUCAACCUCAUCCUCCUCUCCUUGUUCCUGGUACUAGUAUACAUGCGCCUAAGACCAGCGAGGCCACAAGCAACGACUCUGCCUACAGCUCCAGCCCCAACGGUCUUCCGAGUCUUCACGCCGCCGCAGCUAAUGCCAUACAAUGGCACAAAUGGUAUGCCCGUCUACCUGGCUGUCCGCGGUAACAUCUUCGACGUCAGUCCUGGUCGCAACUUCUACGGUCCCGGAGGUCCAUACCAGAAUUUUGCGGGUCGGGAUGCAAGUAGAGGCCUAGCAUGCGGCAGUUUCGACGAGGAUAUGUUGACGGAGAAUCUGCAAGGCCCGCUGGAUAGACUCGAAGAUUUAGGUGGUGAUGAGAUGGAAGCGAUGAGAGGAUGGGAGGAGAGGUUCAAUGAGAAGUAUCUUGUCGUUGGCAAGCUGGUGCCAGUAGGACACGCUGAGGCGGAACCGGACGAGAAGAAGGUAUGA